ACGAGGCGUCCGUUUCUGGCGGGGAAACCGCAACUCUCGGAACCUCAUUUCCAACCUCCCAACCCUUCCAAAGCCUCCUUCCAUCAAUCCCAUCGCCUUUUCAUCAUCAAUCCAUCAUUUUUGCCAUUCCCCUCUUCCCAUCCUAUCUCGAAAUUUCCUCUGAUCGACCUCCGCGCCUCUUCAUGAAUGCGUAGCCCCCAUCAACCAGCCGCCCUUCGGCCUCGCCUUGUCGCGCUCCUGCCACUCAUUCAGCUGCCAUGCAGAUCGAUCCGGCGGCCCUGAGUCGCACAGACUCAUCUAAUCCGGCCAAAAGCGCGGCAUCAAAUCCAUCGACGACGAUCAAGUCGUCGCGGACUCUACCUUCGGUGCCGCGCCUGGACCUGGAACAGUCCUAUACCGAGCUGAAGGCCGCCAUCGGAGACAAAUGGGCGGAGUACAAAGAGUCUACUGCCUUCUUUCUUCUAGGACAUUAUAACCAAAAUGAAUACGCGUCGCGAGUCGAUCACUUUUUAUGCGCCGAUACGAAACUUGAACAUCUACAUAAUAACUUCAUUUGCGCGAUCAUCGCAAACCUCACGCGCGACCUCCCCGACCAUGGCGUCGCAACAUGGGUCUCGGCUAACGAUAAGCCGUCUAUGGUCUCCAAGCCCAUCUCCGGAGACGCCGCCGAACAAAGAUUGAAGACGGAGGUUAUGCAAUUACCUCCAAGGGAUCGUCGGAGGAUCAAGGCUAUUGCAGAGCGAGAUUCUAACGAUACGGUUCCAAAUGAAUUGGAAAUAUAUCAUCAGGCGAAGCAGAUUAAACUUCCCAGUCAAGUUGCCGCAAGUGCGGGCGGACUCAAUAAGACAAAUUGGGAAUUGGAAAUCCGAAAACGAUAUGCGCAGCCUCUCGCCGCAGACUCUGGCGAGUUCCCUGAUGCCGAAUCUAUCUACGCCCGCAUGGUGCCCAUGUGUUACGAAGAAUCACUCCCUGGCGGUGCUGGCUUGCCGUGCGCGGAGUUCAUGGCCGUUGCUACAGAGACUUUUGUCAAGGAUGUCCUUUCCGCGGUGUUCUCGCGCACGCGCUCUAAUGGUCCGUCGGGUACCAUAAACGGCAUGAUGAUGCGCAAGUACCGCCAACAAUUGGAGCGCGAGGAACUUGCAUUUACCCGAGGGGAAAUUGUGAAAGACACCGCCACUGGGCUGCUCCCCGUUGAGGCUAAAGAGGCUGCGACUCGUCGGUCGCUCGGUGUCAGGGAUCUUCGGCUUGCUUUGGAGUUGGGCCGUGGUGUCCUAGGUCAUAUGCCACUAAUCAUUGAUCAGAUUAUGGGCGGAUACUUUGAAGAUGAGCUUGAGACGGAGAAGCAGGACCGGUUAGAGAACGGGGUGGGCGGAGCUCAGGAAACCAAGACCGAGGCUAAUGAUGAUGACGAGAUGGAUGUGGAUGACGAUGAUGAUCUUGCCCUUUCGGAUUGGGAAGGAGGCACGGCUGUUGAUCGUGAGCAACUGAGCAGCUUGCUAGACGAUUGUUUAUCGAUGGCUGCUUGAGGAUCGAGGAAACAAGAAUUGAUACCCAUACCCCCCACCCACUAACUGCUUUCACUUCUUUCUCAUUGCUUCUCCCUUCGACCUCGAUAUACACCUGCGACACUAUCCUUCUGUCACCCCUUUCUUUUGUGUUUCUUCUUGCGUUAUUGAUUCCGGUCUAGGGUGGUGGGACAAUCACGGCGUCUGGAAAUUAUCGGUGCUGCCAUUUGCAGACUACAUCUGGUACAAGCAGGGCAGCCCAUUUUACGUUCUGCAUAUGGUUCUGGUGUUUGCCUCUUGAGCCAUGUGAUGUACAGUAUUUAUUCUUCUUUUUUAUUUACCUUAUCGUUUCCUUGCUGGCGAUGUGCAGGGACAGCAGCACCAGGCAGAGGAGAAGGGUGUAUGAUGGCCCGAUCUGGCCUCAGUAUUAAAAAGCUGAAAUGGUGG